GUGAAAACUAACGAAGUCGGAGUAUGUUUGCAAUUGUUAUGUAAACAACGCAAUGUGAUUUUUGAUUGUUUGCUGUUGUUAUUGUGAUUGUCAGGGUUCAUUAUUGUUGUAAGUGUAAAUCAGCCAACGUGCUUCUGUAUGUUAAGAUAGUUUUUUGUAGGACAGGAGAUUACACAGUUGGUUGAGCGUCAGUACACAUACAAAACAUGGAAGACUUGGUGGGUAAACAGUUGUCUUUCAAAGAAAAGCAAGCAGAACGUAUGAAGCGACUACGAGACCUGCAUAUCAAGAGAAAUGAGGCACGUCAAAUGAACCAUAAAGAAGUACUGGAAGAAGACAAGCGCAGCAAAUUGCCAUCCAACUGGGAGGCUCGCAAACGACAGAGGGAGUGGGUUUUAAAUGAUGAGGAAAAGCGGAGAGAGGCUGAAGAGAAAGGCGAAGAUUACGAUCGCGUCAAGCUGCUGCACAUUGAGGCCGUCGAAGCUGAACGACUGGACAGGAAAAAGAAAAAGAAGAACCCAGAUACUGGUUUUGCAGAUUAUGACCAGGCCACCGCUAGGCAGUACAAUCGUCUGGUGAAGAGUAUUAAGCCUGACAUGGAACAGUACGAAUGCCAGAAGCAGAAGUUAGGAGAAGCAUUCUAUGGUGGGCAGAAUGCCAUUCUGCAUGGUCUGCAGAAGGACACGAAGGAAGGGAUAGAUCGCAUGGUUCAAGACUUGGAGAAACAGGUUGCAAAACGUGAGAAAUACAGCAGACGGCGAAUGCACAAUGACGACGCGGAUAUAGACUAUAUAAAUGAACGCAACAUGAAGUUCAACAAGAAACUUGAACGGUUCUAUGGAGCGCAUACUACAGAGAUCAAGCAGAACCUGGAACGGGGCACAGCUGUCUGAGCAGUGCUGAUUUGUAAUUUACUUUUCUUCAAUAAACUGAAAUAUUUACUAUAUUUUUUUGUAUCUUAUGUACAUGUUAUUUUCACAUUUACAAAAUAUAUAACUUUGAAUUUUUCAACACAGUG